AGCUGGUUGCUCGAGCAGUCCGGCCUUCCGGGCGGUUGCCCGGGUGCCAUGGCCGUGGAUGAGCCCGCCGUGAGCAUGCCCGCCGGGCGCAUCGACGCAAGGGGCGGCGUUGCUUGGAAGGUGCGCACGGGCGCGAAGCCCGCCUCCGCGCGGCCCAAGGCAGAGCCGCGACCGCCCAAGUGGGAGGCAAGCGCUGCCAAGGCCACCUACGGCCGGGCGGCGCGAAAGCCAGGCGGCGCGGAGGUGAAGAGCAUGACGGAGAAGAGGCUCCAGAACUUCAAGGCGAAGCAAGCGGAGACGCUGCACGCCAUGCGGAGCCGCGCCGACAAGGGCGCCUGGGACAAGCUGCACAAUGCGCACUUCGACUGGUGGGCUUUUCCCAUUGACGACGGCUCUAAGCCCGACUUCAAUAUUUCCAGCGAGGCAGACGUCGAUGUCCUGCGCAACGAUGCGGAGUGGCUUGAAGGCUACCACGAGGCCCUGAGCCUCGCCUGCCACGCCUGGGGCUGGGACCUGGCGGCGCAGCGCCGGAUCGACCCCUUGUCCAAAGGCAUGGGAUGGACGGACUGGGACGUGCGGCUCGCCAAGAUGUGCCGGAGUGUCUACCUGUUCGAAGAGGUGGAGCUGCUGGCCUCCCUGCAGAAGUUUGCCCGUGAGGUGCAGGCCAAAGAAAAGGAGGGGAAGAGCUUCUUCUACGGCAUGAUUUGCUUGGAUGAGUUGCUCUACUUCGAGCUACCCAGGCGCCCUGGAGCCACUGGAGCUAGCUGUCCGGAAGGCGCUCAACCAGAGGCUGUCAGUGACAGAGGCCCGGACUCCGAUACAAUGGGCGCAUGACAUGGAGCUGGGUCUCAGCCCAGCGUCCCGAUGGCUUAGGCACGCGGAGGCCCCCUCCUGGGAAUUCCUCCUUCUCCAAGCCAGGGGGGUCUUUUUGCCACCUUUGGUGAGAAAAUGGGC